AUGAGCGAGAGAAAUAAAAUUAAAUUCUAUUUAUCUUUUGAAACAUCUUAGCCUAUAAACUUUAAAAUCUUCUUGAGAAUUGAUGGUUACUCUAACUAAGAUUUUCAGCUUUAAUAAUCUGAGUGCGAGAAGAAUAUUUAUCAAACUGAAAUUUAGUAUUCCAAAAGAAUUGAGAACUAUGUUUACUAAUUAGUAUCCGAUGAUGGCACUUAUUAAUCAGUAUAUAUUUAAAAUCCAGUAUUCCGCUAAAAAGCUCAGAAGGAACUAGUAGAAGUAUUUGAUGUGCCUUAAGAUUUUAAACUUUUAUAGACAAAUUUUUAAAAAAUAAUAGUUAAUGAAAAAAGCAAAAUAAUUGAUUUCAUAUACAAUAAUAUCAAAGUUUCUACUUUGAUAAAUUUGUACUUGCAAUUGAAAUUGGAAAAAAGCGAUAGCUUAAAAUUAUUUUUAGAAAAAUCUUACUAAGUAGUUUUAUAACAAUUGGAUGACACAAAUUAAAAUUUAGAAGAUAUAGAUUUAAUGAUUGAGUACAUUUGGAUACAAAUUAAAAACAAGAAUAUUAAAAUAGAUUUAAUAAAAAAAAUAAUUAUAUAAUACUAAAAAUUCAUUAGCUAACAUGAAAAUUAACCAUAGCUAGUAGUAAAAUUUAAGGACAUCUUUAAUCAAAUAGAAAAUUACGAAGAUCGCCUCUAAAUCUUAGAAAAUUAAGAAAUACUCUCUGAAGAAGAAGCUGAAGCAUACAUAAGUUAUCGUUAAUAUAAAUUUGAGUUUAAAUCACAAUUAAUAAAAGCAUAAGAAUUGCUAAUAAAAUUUAGUAACCCAAAAUAUAAAAUGAUUACUCAUAAUUUAAGAAUCCAAAUUGUAAAUGAAAUAAUUUCUUCAGAAAGCAUUGGCCAAAUUAAGAAUUUAAAUUUUUUCGGGUUUAAAAAAAUAGAAACAAAUUUAUUUAAGGAAAAAAUACUAAAGAUAAAUUUUGAUAGUGAUCAAAUUCUAAAUGGCUUAUUUGAUGUUUAUAGCAAACUGAGAGCAGAUUUAGAUAUAAAUUACUUUGAGAUGAGAAAUUUUAUCAAAAAAUAGAUAGAAAAUCAAAAAAAUAUUUAAUUAAAUAAUACAUUAAUUUAUGAUUAUGCUUUUAAAUAUGACAUCAAUAUUUCAAAUAAAUUCUUAACCACCUUUAUAGAAAGUUUAAUAGAAGAUGAUAAAUGUGAAACAUUUUUACAAUCCUUAAAAAACCAAAACCCGUUUGUUGAUGUCACAACUAUACUCUGUGAUUUAACAAAAAAAGCAUCCUCUUAAUAUUAGAAAUAAAAUAGAAGUAAUCCUAACAACAAGGAUGGUUAAAAUUAACUUAAUUUGAGCAAAUUAUUUAAUGAUAAAUAGAAAUUUUUAAAUUUUCUUCAUGAGAUACUUAAAUAGCAAUAAAUAAAAUUAGACUAAAAGAAAUAAUAAUAUAAUUAAAAGAAGGUAGAAAUUUUAAAAUUGAAGGAAGGAGGCAAAGAAGAUUAUGAAUAUCUUAAAUUAGAAUUGGCUGAAAACGAAUUUUACUUAGAAGAAAUUAGUAUAGCAGCUCUAAAUGAAUAGAAAAUAAAAGAUUUCAGUAAUUAGCUUACAAAGACAAUUAAAGAUUACAUGAAUUUCUUAGGACUUAGAAAUCUUUGCGAUUUUUAAAUUUCAAAUUAGUUAGAAAAUCAAGAAGAAUUCAGAUAAUAUUUUAAUGAAAUAAUUUUAAAUUACGAAAGAGAAGUUAAAAGUGAGCAAGAUGAAAAAGAAUUUUUAAAUGAUUAUGAAUUUUUUUAAAAAAAUUAAAAUAAAACAAUAAAAAUAGAAGUUUAGAAAAUUAUCGAAAUUUGUGAGACAAUGGCUCUAAAAAGACUUAACUAUCUAAUUAAAAAUCAAAAUAUGCUAUUCAAUUCUUAUUUUGUAUUCUAAUUUUUAACAAAAUGUAAUUAAUAAGCAUAAUUUUAUCAAACACUCCAAACAGAAGUAGAUAAAAUUACAAAUCAAAUUUUAAAGCUAGAAAUUUGUGUCACUUCCUUCAAGAAAUUUUUUAAUUAAUAAUAUGUUACUGAAAUACUUAAUAGGUUUGAAAAAGAUUAUUAAAAAAUUGUUGAAAAUACGAAUAAAAUAAUUAAUGAUACUCAAGAAGAAUAUUAAAGACUUUUAGAUUUUUUUAUUUAUUUCUAAAAAUACUUCCCAAAUCAACUAAAUCAUCUUACCAAAUUUCAAUUAGAAUAUAAAAUAAUUAAAGAAGUUAAAAACGAAGUAGACAAAUUUAAUGUUUAUUCUGAAUUUGCUAAAAUUUUCUUUGAAAUGAAAAAUUCACGAAUCAUGGAAAAUAUUUUUUCAAAGUUGAAAAUUGAAAAUGAAAAAUAUUUAGAUGAAGAAAUCAAUAAAGUUAAUAAUUCAUAAUUGUAAGACUUAAGAGACAAGUAUUUUAAUUCGUUAAUAAAUAAAUUCAUAUCAGACAUAUCAAAGCUUUAUAAUACUGUUUUUGAAAGAAGAUAAUAGGAGAUAGAUAUCUUUAAUACCUUAUUAAGCAAAUUAAAACUAAUAACUAGUGAAUAAACAAAAUUCUCUGUUCAAGGUUAUCUUCCAUUUAUGAAAACAAAUCUCUAAUAAUUUAAAUAAAAUGAAUUAUUUAAAAAUGAUUUAUCCUUCCAAGAUUUAGAGGAAUAUUGUGUGAAAGGUAAAACACACUAAAAUUUAUAACAACUUUGCUAAAUUAUUAACAAGUAACAUGAAGUCUAAGAAAAAUUGAAUAAAAUAAAAAUAUGGUAGUGCAUUUUUUAGUCAUAUGAUUAAAAUAGUAAUCUUAUUUUAGAUGUAGCAAAGAUAUUUAACACCAAAUAAGACUCUUCUAAAAACAAGUUUUUGUUUUAAUUUAUAUGCAAGUAUGCAGACGUCUCUGUAUAAGAUAAUAAGGAUUUAAUUACACCAAAAUUGCCUUUUAAAGAGCUUUUUAAAAUAAAUUUACCUUAAGAAAUUGAGGAGGCCUUUUAAAUUGUAUAUAAAUUAUCUUUAUCAAAUUUCUACACUAAUCUAAGAAAUUUUAUAUAGUCAUAAGAAUUAAUAUCAAAAGUAGAAAAUAAUAUGAAGAGUAAUACAUCAUUUUAUGAUUUAAGAUAAUUUAUCGGCAGAGAUUAGCAUGAUUUGAGUGUCUAUCUUAAGUCUCUCCACGAUAUCACUCCAUUCAUCCAAAAAUUAUUAAACCAAUAAAAUGAGAUAGUAAGAAAUAAUGGAUAUAUUAUAGAUGACAUUCAAAAAUUAAAUUCAUUUAUACAAACUGAAUUAACUGAAUAAAAAUAAAUAUAGUGGACUUAAAUAGUUUAUGAUAUUGGGAAGCUCGAAAAAAUUCAAAAUGGAUUAGAUAAAAAAAGAAUUUAUUUUGAUCUAUUAAAUAGUUUUUACAUUAAAAGUGAGAUUAAAAUUUUAUUCUCAUAAAAAGAUUAACCCUCAACUUAUAGCAUUAAUGGCUAUUCUGAAUAAAAAAUAAAAGAAAUAAAUUCAAGAGUUUUGAUUAACAAAUAUACAAGAGAUUUUAAAGUGAACAAACAGGGCACCUCAAAUAUAGUAGAUACUUUAAAGCCUUCGAAUAUGAUCUAAGUUGAAAACAAUGAAGAAAAAAUACAAAAGUUUAAAUUUAUGCUACAAAUCGUUGAAGAAAUCCGAUUAAAGUUGCAAGAGAUGUCUGAUUUUGGGUAUUUCUUGAUAACUAAUGAAACAUAUACAUUUUAAAACUCUAAUACAUAGUACAAUAAUACAAUUAAAGAAAUGUAAGAUUUGUAAGAAAAUCUUACAAAAUAAUUAAGUUAAUGGUAGUCAAAUAUAGAAUAAGCUAAUAAAAAUUUCCCAAAAUUUACAUUUAUAAGCUAGUCACACUAUCUCCAAUUAAACCAAUAUUUAAGUGGUUAACUUUUACUAAAUGGUCUAAGUAAAAGUUUAUACCAAAUAUUAUUACAAAUAAACUCUAAUAAUAUUCCAAAGAUUACUGAAAAAAUUUCUGAAGAUUAUGGUAAAUCUCAAAAUAAGCUUGAAUUUAUUGCCUAAUUUAUCACGAAUAAUUAGAAAUCACAAUAAGGAGGAGGGAUGAAUAAACAAGUGACAGGAGUGAAUAUCAUAAAGUUCAAUAAUUCUUUAGAUGCUAUAGAAAAGAUAUUUUCUAAUGAAAAAAAUAUUAAGAGUUACAAAUCAGAAUACUUUUUAAUUUUUAACACAUACUCAAAUUUCUAAGACUUAUAGCUAUUUUUAUAAAGAUAUAUGUUUUUAGAGCAUCAAAAUGAAUCUUUGAAUUUUUAUUUAGUAAUUAACUGUAAGUUAAAUGGAGCCUAGAUGAGAUUACUGAGUAAUUUAAGAGUUAGCAUUAAUUAUUUGUAUAUUUUAGUUUAAGAAAACUUUUUUGACACUUCGCUAUCCCAAUUUAAUCAAAUAUAAAUUAAAAAAGAUGAUAAUUUUCCACACUUAAAUAAUAUCUUUGAAAGUGCAAUUUUUUAUACUUCUAAAGUACCUGGAGUUGGUAAAUCAUAAAAAAUUAUUUAAGAAAAUAAAAUAGAGAAUUAAUCAUUAAUUAGAAUUCCUUCAAAUGGAAGCAGUAGCAAAGAAAAUUAUAUAAAAUAACUUCAAAAAAAUAUGAAAGAUAUAUAAAGUGAAAGGAACUUCUAUCACUUGGAUUUAUAUGAAACAGAAGAGAUAGAAUUGAAUUUUCUUCUUUUUGAGAUGAUUUUUUUAAAAAGCAUUAAUUUUAAUUAAAGAGAAUAUAUAAAUUUAGGUUCUUAAGCUUAAUUCUUUAUAGAAGUUAAUAAUACGGUAAAUAAAUCUCUAGAAAAUUCAAUUUAAAUUAAAAAAUAUUUUAAAAUCAAAGAAAUUGAAUUUAACAUUAAAGACUUAUGCUUAAAUACUUUAAUAUAAAAUGGCUUAGAUUCUUAGGCUUUAACCGUUUAUAGAUAUUUGAAUGGAAUAGAUAAAAAAUCAUAAAAUUAUUUUGACGAUAAAGAUAAGUUAGAGGAAAUGAAAUAAAUACAAUAAAUAGAAUGGAAAGAGUUUGUAAGGCUACUAAAUUAGCAUUUUAUUUAGCAUAUAAAUAAUUGUAAAGUUAUUCCUAACUUUUAAUAAGUUAUAAACUUUAUAAAAUUGUUUGGAACUGAAAUGAUGAUGUUUGAAAGAUCUGAAUAUAUUUCUUUAGAAUCUACCAAGUAAUUGAAAACUCUCAGAACAGAUAUUGUAAAAUACUCAUUUUAAAUGUGUCAAAAAGUUUCUAUUUCGUGUUUAUAAGAAUAUGAUAACUGCUUUUAAGCUCAAGAGUAGAUUUUAUCAUAGUAGACUUAGUUCCUUCUUAAAUUUGAUACAUAGCAGACCAGUUUCGUUACUUUUUAGGAUCAAUAAACACCUUGCUUAACUUUUUUCUUUUAAAAUGAAAAAGAAAUACCAAAGUCUUUUUAAAAACUAUUUUAAAAUUAUGAUUCUAAAAAAAGAUUUUUUUUCAACCGAUCUAAAGAUGAUGACCUAAGUUAUAAAGAUAAAAGUAUUCUUCUUUUUAAUAAUGAUAUAAAUAUAUUCAAACAAACUAGAGAGUAAACGAAUCGCUAAUAAUUUAAGGAAGUGUUUGAAAAUACUAUUGUUUAAAAAGAUAACUUUUACAAGAUUUGUACUACUUAUCUUCGCAUAAGAUCUAAUAUUCCAACAAUAUUCAUGGGCGAGACAGGUAUAGGAAAAACAGCUUUGUUAGAGUAUCUGGCAUAUUUGAUGAAUGAUAUGUUCUAUUCUAAAACUAUACAUGCAGGAGUCACUGAAAAGGAAAUAAUAGAUUUAGUUGAAUCAUUAGAGAAGAAAGCUAUGGAAUUAGAUAAUAAAAAAUUGAUUUUAUUUUUUGAUGAGGCUAAUACUUGUAGUCUUAUAAGUGGACUUUUCAAAGAAAUGAUAGUUGAUAGGCUUAUUAAGGGGAGACAGUUAUUUAAAAAUAUAAUAAUAAUUGCUGCUAUAAAUCCAUAUAAGUUGAAGACAGAUAAACAAAAAGAAAUUUUUAAUUACAAAAUUCAAGGAGGAAUUAAAUGUGAUGAAAUGGAUAAUAAAUUUAAAGGAAUAGAUUUAGAAUAUAACGUUUUUCCAAUUCCUUAAAGUAUGUUUAGCUUUGUCUUAAAUUUUGGAGAAUUAAAUAAAAAUGAUGAAGAUUCUUACAUUGCAAAUAUUAUGGAGAUUCUAUUUGAAGAGUUAGAAAAUUUUUAAUACAAGAUUGAUAAGCAAAAAAAAGACGAUUUCAUAAAAAUGGUAUCUUUCAGCUAAAAUUAUGUUAGACAAGAAAUGGGAAAUAGAACAAGCGCAUGCAGUUUAAGAGAUGUGAAAAGAUAUACUAAUUUUCUAAAAAGUAGCAUAGAAUUUUUAAACAGAGCAAGCAAUAACUCUGAAGAAAAAUUAUAAGUAGAUUAAAAUAAUAUCAUUCCUUACUCGUUUUAUCUAACUUUUUAUAUAAAUUAUUGCUUGCUUAUCCCUCAACAUGAGAGGAGAGUUCAUUAUUUAAAAGAAUUGUGCUAGAAAUAUAAAGUAUUUGCAAAAGGCUUUGAGCAUUACUAAGAGUUUAUUUAAAAAGUUUUAGAUUUUUUUAUUUAGUAGUUGAACUUACCUUAAAAUAUAUCAAAAACUUUCUCUUUAAAGCAAAAUACCUUUCUUUUAUUUGUUUGUAUUGUGAACAGAAUUCCUGUUUGCUUAAUAGGGCCUCCUGGUAGUUCAAAGAGUCUCUCUUUAAAGUUUGUAAUUUCUUCAAUGGAAGGGAAAUAGUCCAAAAAAUAAUUCCUUAGAUACUACCCUGCUUUAAUUCCAAUUUGCUAUUAAGGUCACACCUAAAGCAAAUCUAAGAGAGUAAUUGAGGUAUAUUAAGAUGCCAACAAAAGGUAAGAAGAAUUUGAUUCAAAGGAGAAAGAAUAAACUGAGAAUUUAUGCGUUAUUUGCUUUGAUGAAAUUGGAUUAGCUGAAAUAUCUCCUCAUAAUCCACUUAAAGUAUUGCAUGAAGCUCUUGAAAAGAUGAAAGUAGCAUUUGUUUCUAUUUCUAAUUUUCCUCUAGAUGCAUCAAAAAUGAAUAGGAUGCUCGCAAUUUAUAGAUUAGAUAUUGUAAAAGAGGAAUUAGAGGAUAUUUUGGAAAAUACUAUUCCUAAUCAAUAUAGAGAUAAUUAAUUUUUUAACCAAGUCAAAAAAAGCAUACCAUAAAUUUACUUGAACUACAUAGAAAAUUAAAAAUAACAGAACAACUAAUAUCAGAGAUUUCACGGAAUUAGAGAUUAUUUCAAUGUUGUAUAACAAAUAAUAAAUAAGAUUGGCCAAAUGUCAGACAAAAAUGCUGCUUUUAAAAUAAUUGAAGAGGCUUACUUUAGAAACUUUUCAGGCCUUUAAAACUCUAAAGAAUUAUUAUAAUUGUCAUUUAAUAAUAUUGAAGAAUUAAAUCAAAUUAGUUAGUUUAAACCCUUAGCAUUGAUCAAUUAAAAUUUAAAAGAAGAUUCUGAAAAGUAAAUUUGCAGAAAUUUAAUGAUAAUCACAAAUGAUGAAAGAAAGUCGAUUAAAUUCUUAAAGCAAUAGCUGAGGUAAAAAAAGCAUAGGUUUUUUAUUGGAAUGAAUUUUUCUCAAGACCAAUAAACAUAAUAGACAAAUAACAUUUUAAAUUAAAUUAUUGGCUGUAUAGAAGAAGGUUUCAUAAUAGUUCUCUUGAAUCUUGAUGGUAUCUAUUAAAGUCUUUAUGAAGUUCUCAACUAAAGUUACCACACUUUCAACCAAAAAUACUAUUCUAAAAUAUCUAUAGGAACUGAUAACAGCGUCAUUGAGGUGAAUAAAAAUUUUAAGCUGAUUUUAAUAGUAAAUGAGUAAUAUUGUCACAGGAUGGAUGGUCCACUAUUGAACAGAUUUGAGAAACACUACUUAAACCAUAACGAGAUAAUUGAUGAAUAAGACAAAAAUUAUAUAAAGAAAUUAAAUAAUGAAGUGAAUAAAUUGCAAGAAAUGAAAAAAAAAGAGAUCUAAAAAAAGUGUAAUAUUUAGAACGAAUCUUAUUUGAAUUAAUUAGUUUCUUUUAAGUUCAAAAAUUUAAAUUCAGUCAUACAGGAUUUGUAUCUUUAGAAUAAGUUUAAAAGGCAAAUUUUAAAUAAUUAUGAAACUUUUGAGAUGUAAAGUAAUGAUUUAGAAAAUAUUUUAAGAAAAUUAUUUCACUUGAGUCAUUUUUAAAAUUGCAUGUUGCCUGUUAGUAGGAACUGCUAGGAAAUACAUCUUUAAAAUUAAUUUUACUAAGCUUAUGUUGAAUCUGACUAUCAUUACAGCUUAGACAGCUUUAUAUUAAAUAGGAUAAUUUUAUAGAACUAGAUUGAAUAAGAUUACAUUAGACAAUUUGUAGUCUUUUCGCCUAAUAGCAGCAAUGUUUUUGAGCCAAAAAAUACAAACUAUGUUUAUAAAGAUAUUAAUGAAAUCGAAUCUGAAUAAGAUUUAGAUAAAUUACUCAGUUAGUUUUUCAGCAAACUUAAACAAGAAAAAUAAUAAAUUAUUUUUAAUACUCAAACAUAUAAUUUUUCAUAAAAUAAAUAAUCAUCUAAUACUUCAGAUUUUUCAAAAUAAGAAUAAUAAAUCCUCAUAAUAAAUACAUAUUUGAACGAUAGCAAAUGCAAGUAAUAAAUUGAGUUUAUUAUGCAAAAGAUUGAUGAAUUGUCAGAAUACAAGAACAAAAAAAUAUAAUUUUAGCUUAAUAUAAUAAUACUUGUUCGAGUAGAAGAUCUCUAUGACAUGAUACCAAUAAUUGGUAAUUGGGAAUAUUACUACAUCGAGAAUUUAAGUCCUUUUAAUGAAUACAAAAGUAAUGCUAUUGAUAUCAUAUAAUCAUGUCCAAUAGAUUAUAUUAAAAAUAAAUUUACAUUUAAAAAUCUCAUGUCCUAAAGAGAAUUGUACUUGUAAUCAUUUUUUUAUUCAGAAGCACCUCUGAUAGAAUUCUAUUUCAGCAGUAACUUCUAAUUAGUGGAAGAGGCUUACUCUAAAAUAAAUUAUGAAAUUCCUGAUCAAUUAUAUAAAUAAAAAAGGCUUAAUUAAUUGAUUAAAGCUUUUGAUUAAGGCUCUAGUUACACAGACAAAUUAAAGCAAAUCAUACAAAGUAAGCUUUACAUAGUUAUUUAAAAGGCAUACAACAUCUAGACGUUAGAUGAUUUCAUCUUCAAGUAUCUCAUACCUCAAUAUUUUAUUGGUCAAUCAAGUAGCACAAUUAAUAGUAUUAUACUAGGAUUUAAAAAUAUUUUUGUUAUGUUUUUUUACUAAGUCAUCAUUAGCCUAGAAAAGAAUGGUUUAAUCUAUGGAAUGCAUGUAUGUUAAGAAGAAUUAUUUUAGAGAUAUGUAUACUCUGAAAUGGAAUUAGCGAUAGAUACGUGUACUGACUUUUAAUGUGAAAAGUAAAACAAUUUGAAACAAACAAAUGACUUAAUAAUAAAUGAGAGCAUACAAAUUUUAUAAAUUUUACAAACAUUUGAAAAUACUGUAAAAAAAUAACAAAAAAAUUGUGUAGUUGAAAAUGAUAAAGUCCUCAUUAUAUUCCGUGAGAGUGCUAAAUAAAAUUUAAAAGCUUUUAAUUAAUAGAUCAUAAAAUUCCCUUUCUAUAUUUUGAUUGAUUCUAAAAAUAGUAAAAUUAACUAAAUAGAGGAUGGAUACUUAUAAGUAAUUAAAACUUUACUUUUUGUAAAUGAGGAUAAUUUAAAUUAUAAUGCAUAAUAUGAAGAUUGCCUAAUUGAUAUCUACCUUGUUUGGUAUAUUUGGAGAUAAUAAAUAAAAGACAUUAAAGAACUUAUUUACUUUUAUUAAAGCAGUAUUAACAUAAAGCAAAUAUUCUAAACUUUUUAAGAUUAAAGAAAAAAGGAUUUGAAAAACUUUAAAGUUUCACAAUAAAUAAAUUUAUUAACUAAUUUAUUAAUUAAAAGAAUAUUCGAAUCUUUAUUGGAAAAAUAAAAGUAAUGCAAAAAUAUCUCCUUUUAUGAAAAUUCUUAAUAUCUUUUAAAAGCCUUAAGAAGAACUGAAGAUAAUGAAUGCAAAUAGAUACUUGAGAAAGUUGAGCUGAUAAAUUAUAUUUGCCAUCACUUCUCAGAAAUAAGAGAAAUUUCAAAUCUCAUAAGCGAAAUAAAAGUUUAAAAUAUUAUUAAGCUUCAAAUAGAUUUCUUGAAUUAAGCAAAAGAACUUUUAAGGAUAUAUUAUUUUAAUUCUUAAAAAAACAACCAAAAAAAUGUAAAAAUUGAAUUCUUAAAAAAAUGGAAUUAAUUUAUGAAAGAAUUGAUUAUAUUCUCAAUAGAAAAGGGAAAAUAUGUUAAUGUAGAUAUUCAUUUUAUUUAUUUAUUAUUUGAGUUGGAACUAAAUGAGGCUCAGGUAUAGCAAAAUAUGACUGAAAAUACAGACUUUUAAAUAUUUUUGCAUAGAGUUUUCUUUUUAUUAAGCCAUGGAUUAACUAUCGAGAACCAAAAUUUUGUGUUUCUUAAUUCUGCUCCUUGCACUAGUACUAUAUAAUAAUAAAAAAAAGAGUUUUAUACUUAUUUGGCUUAUGGGUAGAUUCUUUAAAAUAAGCUUUACAAGAAUAAAUUCCUAGACAAAGAAAAUUAAGAAUUUAAUUUUUUAAAAAUUCUAUUAGAGAAUAAUUUCAAUUAAUUGAAUAGCUUAUAAUAAACUAUUUAUGCAAGCAUUUUUAAGGUGUUAGUUUAAGAAUUGGUAGAUUAAAAAGAUUUAGAAGAAGGAUACUUCAUCAAAAGAAAAGAUGCUAAAUUAAAUUGUUAAAAUGAUAAAGACUUAUAAGAUAACGACUUAGAUUCAUCAAUUUAAAAGUAUUUCUCUAAAUUAAACAGCAAAGCACUCUAGUUAUAUAUUGCUAAAUAGCUGUUUUAUUAACAAAAGCUUAAAAAUAUUGAGAAUUCCUACUUUUUCAAAAAUUGUAGAUGGUUGGAAGAAUUUAAAAAAUUAUAAAAUUUAAAUACUGAAUAAUUAAUUUAAAGUAAUUAGUUUAAUAUUUAGUAAGAUAAAGACUGUUUGAUCGACUAGCUAAAGGAAAUAGUCUAUUAAAAUAUUGAAUCGUCAAAUAAUAUUUUUAAAUUAAUGUUUAAAGGAGUUAUCAAUAAUAAAGUCUAUUACCCAUUCAACAUGAAAUAUUCGUUUGAAUCUUAAAUUAAUAACUAAUUUAUGUAAAAUUAAAAGCUAUAUCAAUGUCUAUGCUGCAAAAAUUAUAUUGUAAAAAAUUAAACGGAAAUUAUAGUACAAUGCUAGUAUUGUAAAAUUAAUAUUAAUAUCAAUGAAGAAAAUAAACUUAAGCUGAUUCUAAAUGACUUAUCUAAAAUAAAGGAGAAUAAAAGUGGAAUAGAACUUGAAGAAGGGUUUUGCUUAAAAUUAAGUGAACAAAAUUUCAAAACAUAAUAAAUAAAUUUUAAUUGUUUUUGCUAAGCUCUAUUUAGCUUGUUAUAUCAUAUCAUAUUCAGUCUAUCCCUUAAAAAAUUUAAUGAUAGCUAAUUUGGUAAAUUAGCAGAAAUUAGUUUAUUUGAUACUUCUAAAUAAAUAAAUCAGAAGUACUAAACACUUUAUAUUAAUAAAAUAUUAAAAAUUCAUCCUACUUAAAAUAAACAUGAAUAGUAUUUGAAAGACCAAAUAAAUAUUGCUUUAGAGUGCUUCUUUAAGUAUACUAAUUAAGAGCAUGAAUUUACAAAAUCUAAAUCACUAUACAUUCUUGUUCACUUAGUGUAACACCUUUUGAACUCUGAUAAGGUAAAGGUGGUGGAUAUCUAAUAUAGUGAAUCUUUAAACUAAAUACUAUAGGAUGAUAUACAUAGUUAAUUUAAUACCUUGAAGGAUCAGUAUUCUAAUGAAUUAUUUUUACUUUUAGAAAAAUAUGAUUAAGUUUAUAAUCAAUUUGAAGACAAGAUCUAAUAUUUACCUAAAAGCUUGAAAUUUACUCAUUCUUAUGUAGACUAUAAAAAAGCUUACUUUUAUAUUACAAGCAAAGAAAUUAGAAAAAAUAUUUAAGAAUAAUAUCCUAUCUUAAUAACGCUUUUAGAUAUCGCAGAGAAUUAAAUGCUCUUUGAUUCUCUUAGGGUUUUUGUGAAAUUCUAUUAAACUUGCUCAAAAUUACUCUCUUUUAAAUUCUAGUAUUCAGAAGCAUAAAAUCUUAUCCUUGAUUAGGCAAUAAAUAAAAUAAACAAAUUAGAUGGUCAAAAUUCACAAAAUGAGAAAGACUUUUAAAAUAAUUUAGACUUGUAAAAAGUUAAUUUUAUAAAAGCAUGGAAAAAUGUGCUAAGCAUUAAGCCUACAGGAUAGAAAAGUAUUAAAGAACAGCUUAAUUUAGAUGAUAUAAAUGGAGAAACUAAAUUAUCUAAUUUAAUUUAUACAUCAGAAUAAGCACCCUCUCAGUUCUUUAAAUUACUUAAUUAUUUGUGUGAUUUUUAAAAUGAGCAGAUUAAAUCUGUAUUAAAGGCUUGCGAAAAGCAUUUUAGUGAUGAAGAUGUAAAAAAACUUGAUCAAGAAAUCCGAUUCUAAUUUUAAAACGAAGAAGGAAAGCAAAUAAUUAGGCCAUUGUAAAGUAUUUCUUCAUCCUAAAUAAUAAAUGUUAAAAACUAUUAAAUUUUGGAGCAGUUUGCAAGUUGUGGAUUUGAAGAAGGGGAUGGAAUUAACGAAUAUAUUAUAUUUGAUAAGAAGAACAUUCAGCAUGAAUUAGGAAAAGUACUUUUAUAAAACGCUAGCUUAAUUGAUAUAUAAAAUAGUAUUCAAAUCAAAUUUUUAAUCUCCUAAAAAGAAAUAAUUACAGUAAAUAAAGAUAUCAAUUAAUACUAAGAAUUACCUAUCAAUUUAACGAAAAGCCUAGACUAAAUAAUUAAUAAUAAAGAAAUGGCUUUUGAUAUGCUUUCAAAAAUACAUACAACUUAAAAGUAUAUUAAUUUUGAUAUUAAUUAAUAAUGCAACACACCUAUCUUAUAAGCAAUGGAAUCAAUUAAUAUUAAGUUUAAAUGUCCUAAACUUUCAAGCUUUUUACAAGGAUUGCAACUUAAAGAUUUUACAGGACUCAUAUUUUAUCUCUAGGAGAAAGUGUUGGAUAGUUUGGUUGUUAUAUGCAAUUAAUAACUCAGAGAUGAUGGCUAAUCAGAUUUUAUUGAAAGUAUAAUUUUAAAAUAUAGCAAAAAAUUAGAUUUAUUAAAAGAUUUAAGGAAAAGAUUAGGACUAUACAUAAUUAAAAUGUUUUCUCCAAAUAAAAUAUAGGUUGAGGCAAAUUAUUGUUUAGCUAUUUCCUUACAAAACGAAGGAUUUAUAAAUGAUAAUAAUUCAAUUUUUUAAGACUAAGACUUAUCUAAAUUGACGAUAAAAGAUUGCUUUAUUUUAUUUUAAAAGAUUUAAUUAUAAGUUAAUGAAAUGGAAAAUUAUGAUGCAAAUACUAUAAAUAAGCAGCAUAAAAAGCUAUUGAUAGAAGAAGAAUUCAAUGAUUAAUUUGAUUAAUGA